CUUAAUGAAUAAGUUUGUAAUAUUGGGAACAGGACACAACGAGAAUAGUUGGAACACAUCAUUUUAAACGAUUUCUACUAGCUGCAUUUAGGAACAUUUUUUCAAUAUCUUGCAAAUUUACGAUGCAUUUGCAAACAACUAAUUUUGUUGCUAAAAGCCUAAAAUCAACGUACAUUCAAUACUUUACCGGCAGCGUUAAAAAGUUAUAUUUUGUUCGUGGCUAUUGUACACAUAAUAGGCACGCCACAUCUGUUGAAGCAAGAUGUUCAUUAUCUUUUGUUGCAUCGAGAUGUAACCGCUUGUUCAGGAAUAAUUUCAAUCAUUGGUUCUCAUCUUCUACUAGAAUUCCACGAAAAUUGGAAUACACUCAGCUUCCUAAUGGUUUACGAGUCGUUUCAUAUGAUCGUGGGGGUCACAUAGCAAAUUUAGGAAUCACGGUUCAAGCUGGUUCUCGUUUUGAAACAAAUGAAUCGCUUGGAUGCAGCCAUUUCCUAGAGACUAUGGCUUUUCAAUCAACUUUUAAUAAGAGUUCGAAACAUACUGCAACAUUGUUAGACAAAUUGGUUGCUAACGCCUCAUGCUCUGCUGGAAGAGAAUCCAUUUUUUACAAUUGUGAAGUUGAAAGAAAAGACGUUGGAAAUAUUUUCCACUGUGUAUCCGAAAACGUUACAUGUCCUUUGUUUUUGUCUUCGGAAAUUAACCAAAAAAUAAAUCUUUUGGAAAAAGACAAAAGAAAUUACACUGAAGAUAUAGCCUUGCAGUUACCAGACCAUUUUCAUAGUACUAGCUGGCCAAAUAACACGCUUGGUAAUCCUCAGUACGGGUACAAUACGAUGCAUCAGCAUUUUAAUAUCGAAAGCCUUUCAAAGUUUCACAAAAAACACUACACAUUAGACCCGUUAAAUGCAUUUUCGCAUUAUACAAAUGCUACGUCAACCUCUGCUUUGCAAAAAGCUCAAUACAAAGGAGGUAUUUUUGUAUUAGACAAACCGUCACCUUUAUUACAUUUGCUAAUUACAUAUCCCACACCGGGCGGUUUACUAUCAAACGAAAUUAUUGUCUUAACGGUGUUACAGACCUUAUUGGGUGGUGGAGGCUCUUUUAGUUCUGGAGGCCCUGGUAAAGGAAUGUAUAGUCGCUUAUAUCAAAAAGUACUUUGUUCCCACUGGGUUGAAAACUGUAUUGCAUUUAAUGUUCAAUACAGCGAUGACGGGGGAUUCGGUAUUUAUUUAAUUGGAAAUCCAUCUAAGGCCGAAUUAAUUAUCAGGACAAUAGCUAAUCAGUUGCGAAAUCUUUCGUUUGUAUCACGCGAAGAAUUAUCCCGAGCGAAGAAUUUAUUAAAGGCAUCAAUUUUGUCGAAUUCUGAAAAUCGCAUGAUUUUGUUAGAAAAUAUAGCUCAACGGGUUUUGAUGAAUAAAGAUGUUUUGUCCGAAUAUGAAUUAUGUGAUCUUGUAAACAAAGUUACCGUUGAAGAUGUUGAACGAGUUGGCAAACACCUAAUAUGUUCUAAGAAUCCCACUAUAAUUGCUUUAGGCGACACUUUUCAUGUUCCACCGCACGAUGAAAUUAUGAAUAGUUUACAAAAUAAAAUAUGAUCAAUUUUUGAACAAAAAGAUGAAGCUUGCGAUACUGU